AUGAGUUCUUCCUUUGAAGUAAGAAAGGCCACAAUCGACGAUUACUUUGAAUUGAGAAACUUGAUUUGUGGUGUGACAAGGUGUACCGAAAUUUUGAGUAAAGAGCAGGUAGAAGAGAGAUUUAGGUACAAUUCUUAUCACCCUUACUGCUUGGUAGAUACUGAAAGUAACCUUAUUGUUGGAUAUGCUGGGUUUUAUAUUAUUCCUCAUCUGGGAAGAAAAAACGAUUCCAGGAUAGAGCAUGUAAUAAUUUCACCUGACUAUAGAAACAGAGGACUUGGAAGACUACUUUGUAAACAAAUUAUUGAGGAUGCAAAAAAUAAGUUUGAUUGUGGUAGAAUUGACUUAACCGUGGAGUCCCCUAUUGCCAAAAAGCUAUACUCAAGCCUAGAAUUUGAAAAUGUAAAUACAGAAGUAAUGAGAAAUUGUUUACACGAGUUGACACCAAAAUAA